UUGCGUAACUUUAAAAUAAAGCAAAAAAAAACUAAAGCAAAAUAUAUUGAAUGCAGUGAUUGUAAUUGCAGUGAUUUUACUGAUUCGGUAAAACUUGGAGAAGGUGCGUUCGGCGAGGUUUACCGAGUUAGAUACAAAAAUGAAUUCAUUGCUUUGAAGGUAAGAUCAAGGCUUUACCCACAAUCGUUAUUUUUUGCAUGGGAAACAUACAAUAAAAAUUGCAUAUCUGACAAUGAUCAUCCAAGCGCUUAUGAUAGUAAUCAGCAUUAUCUGCUUCUUGCAUUCGAGGAAGGUGGUAUUGACCUCGCACAUUAUAUGGUUGAAAAUACUUUACAAGGUUACAGUAUUGCGUAUCAAAUGAUUAUUGCUCUUUCUGUGGCAGAGUGUCGUUUGUCAUUUGAACACCGGGAUCUCCACUGUGGCAAUGUAUUGAUUAAAAAAAUUGAUCCAGGUGUUUCAAUUAACGGUAAUGAAAUUCAUUUGGCCUCUCAUGGCGUACUAGUAAAAAUUAUUGACUUCAGUUUCUCUAAACUGUCCAAGGGUAUUCAGUUUUGUAAUUUUUUGAUAGUCUCAAAAAUGCACCAAAUUUGA